AUGGAGCCGGAGCAGCAGCAGUCGGAACGCGAAACGGUGACGCCAGCACCAACCAUUAACGAUGAGUGGCCCCAGAAGAACGGUGGACCGGAAGUCACCAGUCCACCGACGGGGAAUGGUUUGGAACCGGCGCUGGUCGCUCCUCCAACCAACAUCAACAGCAACGGCAAUGGUUGUUGCACGGUGCCAACGUUAGCUUCCCCGAUGCCACCGGCAGGACCAGUGGCCGAGAACGGUGAGAACGCUAAUUGUGCCCUAAUGCGAAGCAAUUCCCGGCCACUGGGCGCCUCGGAAGACGCCAACCUGCUGUCACCGAACACGUCCCGCUCGAGCAUCUCGCAGUCCCAGUCCCCGACCCAUCUGUCACCGUUUCGCCACAAAGCCGACUCGCUCUGCUCGCAGGAGGAGCUGGACGAGAUCGGCACCUUCUUCGAGGAGCACUCAGUCGCCAUCGAGCGCUGGUUCCGUGAGCGGGCACCGACCGAUGUCGUCGCCAAACUGCAGUCAAUUACCACCGAUACGUCGAAGUCACCGAAAUCGCCACACCGGGCGUCGGUCACCUCGGACCUGUUCCAGCAGUGGCUAGCCUCAUCUCCGGUUAAGAAAUGCCGUUCACCGACUUCGCGAAGUUCGAUAUCGAACCGCAGCCACCUGGCGGACCUGGACGAAGGCGAACUGUUCAUGGAGCUGAUCCGGGACGUGGCCAACGAGCUCGACAUCGACGUGCUGUGCCACAAGAUCCUGGUCAACGUGGGGCUGCUGACGCACGCCGACCGUGGCUCGCUGUUUCUCGUCAACGGGCCACCGUCCAGCAAGUAUCUGGUGGCCAAGCUGUUUGACGUUACGCAGAACACCCCCCUCGACGAGGCGGUACGGAGGGCCAAGCAGGACGAAAUCAUCAUUCCGUUCGGGGUCGGCAUCGCGGGCACGGUGGCCCAGACGAACGAAACCAUCAACAUCAAGGAAGCGUACAAGGAUCCGCGCUUCAACAGCGAAAUCGACCAGAAGACGGGCUACAAAACGAACAUCAUCCUGUCGAUGCCCAUCUGCAACUACGAGGGUCAGGUGAUUGGCGUGGCACAGAUCAUUAAUAAAACCAACGGUUCGCCCGAGUUUACGGAGCGCGACGUGGAGAUUUUCAGGCGCUACCUCACGUUCUGUGGCAUCGGGAUCCAGAACGCGCAGCUGUUCGAGAUGUCCGUCCUGGAGUACCGCCGCAACCAGAUACUGCUCAAUCUCGCGCGCAACAUCUUCUCCGAGCAGAACAACCUGGAGUGUCUGGUAACGAAGAUCAUGACCGAGGCGCGCGAACUGCUGAAGUGCGAACGGUGCGCCGUCUUUCUGCUCGACCUCGACUGCGGGGAAGCGAACCAUCUCGAGCGGAUAUUGGAACGGCCGGAGAAGACUCAUCAGACGCUAUCGCGCCGAACGAGCCACAACGUCGACGUGGAGGAUGUGCUCCAGCGGCAGCAGAGCUCCACCUCGACCCGGUUUACGAUGAUUUUCGAGCUCGGUGGUAGCCACCAGUCGGCGGCCAACAUACUGCGCCCUUCGGUGAGUGACCUGAACAGCUCGAUGUUGGCACAGAUCGCUGAGUACGUGGCGGCCACGGGCGAAACGCUCAACAUUAGCGACGUGGUCGAGUGGCUCAAGGAUAAGCCCAUCUACCAGCCGGCGGUGGUCGCGCAACCGGUCGUGGCGGAUGGCACGGUUGCCACCACGUCGUCGACCGCGUUCGACGAAACACACAGUGUCCAGUCGAUCCUGUGCAUGCCGAUCAUCAACGGCCAGAAGACGGUCAUCGGUGUCGCUCAAUUAAUCAAUAAGCAAAAUGAUCUACAAUUUACCAACUGUGAUAUCUCCAUCUUCGAGGCGUUCGCCAUCUUCUGUGGUCUCGGCAUCCACAACACGCAGAUGUACGAGAGCGCCUGCAAGCUGAUGGCCAAGCAGAAGGUGGCGCUGGAGUGUCUGUCGUACCACGCGACCGCCAGCCAGGACCAGACGCUCAAGCUGGCCAACGAUCAGAUCCAGUCGGCCGAGGAGUACAAGUUGUACAGCUUCAAGUUCAUCGAUUUUGACCUCGACGACGAUGACACAUGCCGGGCCGCGGUGCGGAUGUUCCUGCAGUGCAAUCUGGUAGAGCAGUUCCACAUUCCCUACGACGUCCUGUGCCGGUGGAUACUGAGCGUCCGGAAGAACUACCGCCCGGUCAAGUAUCACAACUGGCGCCAUGCCCUGAACGUGGCCCAGACGAUGUUUGCGAUGAUGAAAACCGGCAAAAUGGAGCGCUUCAUGACGGAUCUGGAGAUUCUGGGCCUGCUGGUGGCCUGCCUGUGCCACGAUCUCGACCACCGGGGCACCAACAACGCGUUCCAGUCGAAAACGGACAGCCCGCUGGCCAUCCUCUACACGACCAGCACGAUGGAGCACCACCAUUUCGAUCAGUGCGUGAUGAUACUGAACUCCGAGGGAAACAACAUCUUUCAGGCCCUGUCGCCAGAGGACUUCCGCAUGGUGAUGAAGGUCGUCGAAACCGCGAUCCUGUCGACGGAUCUGGCCAUGUACUUCAAGAAGCGGAACCAGUUUCUCGAGCUCAUCGAAAACGGCGAGUUCGACUGGCAGAGCGAGGAGAAGAAAGAGAUCCUGUGCGGGAUGAUGAUGACGGCGUGCGACGUGAGCGCCAUCGCGAAACCGUGGGAGGUACAGCACCGGGUGGCCAAAUUAGUGGCGGACGAGUUUUUCGAUCAGGGCGAUUUGGAGAAACUGCAACUGAACCAGCAACCCGUGGCGAUGAUGGAUCGCGAGCGUAAGGACGAGCUGCCGAAGAUGCAGGUUGGGUUCAUUGACGUCAUCUGCCUGCCGCUGUACAAGGUGCUGACGGAAGCGUUUCCCUGGAUUGGCCCCCUGUACGAGGGCACGAUGGACAACCGGCAGCACUGGCACGAUCUGGCCGAGAAGGUUGAGAUGGGGCUGACCUGGAUCGAUCACGACACGAUCGAUAAGCCGGUGGAAGAGUUUGCCGCCGGCAAGGAGCCACUGGCCGACAUCGAGUUCACCGUGACGACGCUCAACUGUGCGCACCCGGACGAGAAGACGGAAACGACGCCGGUGCACGAGCGAAAGCCGCGCUUCAGCAGCCUUCGGAAGACGGGCGCCCUCGGGAAGGCGGUCCGCAAUAAGCUGUCGAAGUCGGUCCACCACAACUCGACCACCGCCGAUCGGCCACCGUCCAUUGCGUCACAGUCCGGCAGCGCCAAAGGGGACGAGAGCACGUCCGCCGCCUCCACUGACCAACAGACCGAGUCCGACCAGCCGCAGCCGCAAAGGGAACCACCGGCACAGUCGGUCCCGGUCACGCCGGCCAGUUCACUUCCGGGCCAACCGGGCGACGGCGUAGCCGAAGGGCCGAAGCAUCCCGUCAAACCGGUCAAAAAACGCUCCAAGCUGUGCAUGCUGUUGUGACCCAAGUUCUACACCGAUUCCGCCGAUGACGCCGGCCACCAGCCCGCAAGCGAUGCCGGAUCCGGUGCUUCAUCGUCUGGCAAGGAAAACUCCAUCUGAACGAGCUGGGC